CUAAGACUGAUGAAUACGGCUUCAGAACGAAUGCGUGUGGAUUGGUAUUUUGUAUUGCGUCUUUUGUACCUUUUUCAAACAGGCCUGCUCCCUGUGAUCGACUAUUCUUAGAGUUCCAUUUUAUUUCGAGACUUGUUUCAAGCAGUCUGUGACAUUGCGUUUCCUAGACGAUCUACGAAUAAGAUCGUCUCGGAAUCAUAUCAGUAUUUCGAGGCGAGAACCUUGAUUUCGUCAAGCUUAGCAUGCGAGACCAGAGAAGUAAACCUUCUAGGUGACUUCACUGGUGAGAUCUUUGCAUCAGACGAGACCUCUCUCCUGAAUCUCUCGCUCGGUAAAGAUCCGAGGACAGUGGACCGACGGAGAUAAAGAUUACGGUAAGCCAUAAAUGCCUACUAUGCUCAUCAUCAUUGGUAUCGAGAAAAAAAUAUUGACCCCUCGAUGAAUGGCUCUCGAUAUCUGAAGCAAUGUCACUGCGCUUUGCGGGAGUAUGGUCGCAUAGCAAUAGACUCGCAUGUAAAGCUACAAGAAGUCAAAUUCCCUCAUUAUCGUCUCCUCAAACUAGCAGAAAUAUAUCAAAGUGGUCACACGCUCUCCUUCCACAAAAUGCCGAACGACCUUCGAUAGCCUUCGGAGGCAAAAACCUCCUCUCUAAACCCACUCGACGAGCAUUGCAGAGCGAGAGAUUUCAGCAGUUUGUUCCUCCAUCGCCGGAGUCUCUUGGAAAAGCAGCUCCAGCGAAACAGUACCGACGAAGCAUAAAAUGGGGAAGAAGACUACUCAUUAUCUCCGGAGUUACAGGAAUCCUCUACUUGAUUGAUUCGCAAUUCUAUGCAUCUUCGAUAUCCAGAUCAUUACGAACAUUCGGCUUGGGAAUAGUAGUGGCGACCGAUUACAAGCUCAACUUCAGAGAAAGCCCGUUGUUCGGAGGAGAUAUUGUGGAUUUGCACAGAAGAAGCGCAGAACGGUUGUUCAAUUUGCUACACCAAAAUGGAGGGCUAUACUUAAAGAUAGGCCAGGCUAUAGCUAUGCAGAGUGCUGUACUGCCCCCAGAGUUUCAAAAGAUGUUCUCCAGGAUGUUCGACGAUGCUCCGCAGAAUGAAUGGGCGGACGUGGAAAAGGUCAUAAGAGAAGAGUUUGGAGGUCGAACUCCAGAAGAGGUCUUUGGUGUUAGUUUCAGCAAUGAGCCUGGCAAGGGAGUCAUGGAGAAGAAAGCCAGGGCUUCUGCUUCUGUAGCGCAGGUUCAUUGGGCCAGACUUGCGGAUGGCAGAGAAGUCGCUAUAAAGGUUCAGAAGCGGGAGAUUGAUCAGCAGGUGGGUUGGGAUCUGUGGUCAUUCAAGGUCGUUAUGAAAGUCUACACAUGGUGGUUCGACCUUCCGUUUUACAGUCUCGUGCCCUACAUUACAGAACGACUUCAACUCGAAACGGACUUUGUCAACGAAGCAGAUAAUUCAGAGAAGAUGGCCGAAUUAGUAGCAGGCGAGCCUCGUCUUCGGGGGCGAGUGUACAUCCCAAAAGUCUACAGAGAAUUAUCAUCUAAGCGAAUCAUGACAGCAGAGUGGAUAGAAGGAGUAAGACUCUGGGACAAAGAGACUUUGACCGGACCAUGGCUCGGUGGCAACGGCAAAGGCUCACCAGGAGCGAAGAACACACCUCUCAGCGUACCAACCUCAACCCGUGCCAACGACGGAACCGGCUUCCUAAAGCCAGACCGAAAUGAAUGGCGAGGUCGAAAAGGUAAAGGCGGACUCGGCCUCCCACUCAAAGAAGUCAUGACAACCAUGAUCGACCUAUUCUCCGCCCAAAUGUUCCUCUGGGGUCUCGUCCACUGCGAUCCUCACCCAGGUAACAUUUUCAUUCGCCGAAUGCCCAACGGCCACGCAGAACUCGUCCUAAUAGACCACGGCCUCUACGUCUCCAUGUCCCCGAAGUUCCGUCACCAGUACUGCCAAUUCUGGAAAGCGAUUAUGACCUUCGACAACGAGACUCUCAGCGAAAUUACUAGCGCAUGGGGCGUUAAAGCCCCGGACCUCUUCGCGAGCGCGACUCUAAUGCGUCCCUACGAAGGCGGCGACGGUAGCACACGUGGGCGUGUAACCGGGAAACUAGAAGGCAAGACGGCGGCAGAGCGCCAUUUCGAAGUCCAGCAACGCAUGCGUCAAGGUAUCCGAGAAAUUCUCUCUGAAGAAGAGAACUUCCCCCGAGAACUCCUCUUCAUAGGCCGCAAUAUGCGGAUCGUGCAAGGGAACAACCAAUUCCUCGGCUCGCCCGUGAACCGCAUCAAGAUGACGGGCUAUUGGGCGAGUAGGAGUUUGGUUGAUAGCAAGGAUUUGAGCUUUAGUGAGAGACUUGUAAAUGCGUGGCGGCAUAUGCUGUUCCGGUUCGUGCUGUUUAGUACUGAUGUGGUAUUUUAUGGGAGUAAGGUUCGGCAGUGGUUCGGAUUUGGGGGCGGGAUGGAGGAUGAUCUUGAGAGGCAGAUGAGGUUUAUUGCGAAAGAUCAGUUUGGGGUUGAACUGCAGCAUUCGGUGUUUGAGGGGUAGAAGGGUGGGGGAGCUUGUAUUAUAGGUACGGGGCAUAGCGAUGGUGCAUUAGAUAUAGGUAGAGGAGUUUAGAGGUACAAAUCCACUUUGUUCUUUGGCUUGUAGGUACGUCUUUUAUGAAUGUAUGUUGCACAUC